AUGAAUGCUGCUCCUCCACUGUCCUAUCCUCAUGGACCUCAACAUCAUCAUCCAAAUCCUCAUACUCAACUUCAACAACAAGAAGCUCAAAAACCUCAACCUCAACAACAAGAUGAAGAAUCUAAUAUCCAAACUUCAUCUUCAUCAUCAUCUUCAACAAAUUUAAGAAGAGGUCCUUGGUCACCUGAAGAAGAUAGAAAAUUAUUAGAUUCUAUAAAUUUAUUUGGUGCUACAAAUUGGGUUAGAAUUUCUCAAUCAAUUGGUACAAGAACUCCAAAACAAUGUAGAGAACGUUAUCAUCAAAAUUUAAAACCUUCAUUAAAUAGAAAUCCUAUUUCUCCAGAAGAAGGUCAAUUAAUUGAAGAAUUAGUUGGAAAAUAUGGGAAAAGAUGGGCUGAAAUUGCAAGACAUUUAAAUGGUAGAUCUGACAAUGCUAUAAAAAAUUGGUGGAAUGGAGGUGCAAAUAGAAGAAGAAGAGCUUCUUCACAAGCUAUUUUCAAUGAACCAAUCCAAUUACACCAACAACCUUUACAUCAUCAUUUACAACCUUUAGAAUAUAAUCAACAUUAUUCACCUGCUUUUAAUACUCAAAUUUUCCAACAACAACAACAACAACAAUUACCUCAUCAAAUUCAACAAAUACCUGGUCCUGGUCCUAUACAUCAUCAAAUACCUGUGUUACAACAUUCUCAUUCUCAACCUCAUGGUAUAAAUCAAACUAAUCAAUCAUUUCCUUCUCCUUUAAAUCAUUCUCAAUCUUCAACCGCUGCACCAACUUCAAAUUCAAAUUCAAAUCCAACAGGUCCAAAUCCAAAUCAAUCAGGUCAAUCAAAUUCUCAACAACCUCUGAUGAUGUUGAGCUCAUUAUCUCAACAACAAAUGUUACCACCUGUAAAUUCAUCAAGAUCAGUUUCAAUGAAUCAAGAAAUUUUCCAACAACAACCUGGUGUUAAAAGAUUUUUAGAAGAACAACAUAUCCCAACAAGAAGACAUUCAACUCAAACAAUAAUGACUGCACAAGGUCCAACAACAAUAGGUGGUGGUGGAUCUGUUUCAAAUAAUUUGACAAAUGGUUCAAACUCUCAAACUUCACAAUCAACUUCUUCACCAUUCUCUGCAUCACCAUUAUCAAGAGGUCCAUCAUCAAGAAAUUCUUCAAUUUCUUUUGAUCCAACAUCACAUCCACCUUCAUCAUCUGGAUUUUUUUCAGAAUAUUCAAAUAAUAAUUCAAGAAGAUCAUCAAUUGCACCAGAUGUUUUCCCAAAUCCAUUUCAUUAUUCAAAUAAUGUCAAAAGACAAAAUAGUGCAACUUAUCUUUCUCCAAGUUUUACACCACAUAGAGGUUCUGCAUCUGGCUUACCAUCUUCUUUAAGUACUUUAACUUAUACACCAAAUGAUUCAUCUGAUGGAGGAAAUGGUACUGAAUCAUCUACACCAAUUUUUAAAUCAAAUUUUAAUUUUAAACAAAAUGAACAAGAACAAGCUGCUAAAUUGAUUCAAAAACAAGAAAAUAAUGGACAUGCUCCAGGUCCAAAUCAAGUUACAAAUCAAGUGACAAAUGAACCCCCAUUAAAAGCUGAAACUUCAGAUGAAAAUACAAAACCUGAAGAUGGUGAAGUUGAUGGUGUUGAAGUUGAAGGUAAAGGUGAAGGGAAGAAAAAAGUCAUGAAUAUAAGUAAUUUAUUAGGUUAA